UGUUGACAUGACAUUAUUAGUCAAUAACAUAUCCUGCAGCAGGACAGGGCAGAACAUAUUACAAUUCGUUUUUUGCGAAAAUAUAUCCGUUCCCACAUCUGUCUACAAUCAUUUUGUUGGUGUGUCACGAGCUCAUUGACAGGCGGUUAGUGACGUAGAACUUGGAAUGGCUCGCUGCUGAGCUUAUCAUUGUCAAGAACUUAUUCCUCCACUAGACUAAACAUUGGGCCUGAACUUGCUCAUGGUCUCGCAAUUUCACAAUAAGUUUAUCUACAGUAAAAGUAAGUUUGAAUAAGUGUAUAUAUUAAAGGACAAUUCGGAUAUUAAAAUACUGGGUAGCUCGCUACACCGAAACUGUACGCAACCUAUGACAGCGGGAGAUUCAUUCUCUAGCGCUAAGGUAACGCGUUGGCUAGAUAGCUAGCAAGCUAACGUGUUAGCCAGUUUAGUUGAAUAGUCAUUCGAAGCGUUUCCGAGGCUAGUAUUGAGACCGUAGCUAGCUAACGUCAGCUAGGAAACUAGCCAACGUUAGUAGCUAGCACUUGCCACUGUCUUGUGUGCUAGUUUAACUACGGAAACGUUAAUACGGUAACGUUACCUAGCCAGCUGCUUGCUUGAUGGUUUAUGUUGUGUUCUAGCCAAUUACUGUACCAGCAUUAAAUAUAUAUGGCUAGCUAGCUUAGCUAUUAGUUGUCUAGCUUUGAGAACAUCAACAGACCACAUCGAGACUUCUGGGAAUCAGCUGACAGCUGCAGGCAGCCAAGGAGACCAGUGAUGGAUCAACUUAAAGUCAAGGACCGAAUAUUGGAAAACAUUUCUUUGUCUGUCAAGAAGUUGCAGAGUUACUUUGCUGCCUGUGAAGAUGAAACCCCAGCCAUUCGGAAUCACGACCGGGUCCUACAGCGGCUGUGUGAGCACCUCGACCAUGCACUGCUCUAUGGGCUGCAGGAUAUCUCCUCAGGUUAUUGGGUCCUGGUUCUACACUUCACCCGCAGGGAAGCGGUCCGGCAGAUAGACGAGCUCCAGCACAUAGCAACCAACCUUGGGCGAAGUCGUGCCUGGUUAUACCUAGCACUGAGUGAGAGCUCCUUAGAAAGCUACCUCCGUCUCUUCCAAGAGAACCAAGGAUUGCUGCAGAAGUAUUACUUCAAAAAUGCAUUGGUAUGCAGCCAUGAUCACCUCACGCUCUUUCUCACUUUGGUGUCGGGACUGGAGUUCAUUCGCUUUGAUCUGGAGUUGGAUGUCCCCUACUUGGACGUGGCCCCCUACAUGCCGGAGUACUACAAGCCCCAUAACCUUCUGGACUUUGAGGAGCGUCUCCCAAGCUCGGACAGCCUAUCCCUGCACUCUUUCACCUCCACCAACCUGGAAUGGGAUGACAGCGCCAUCGCCCCGUCCAGUGAAGAGGGUGACCUCACCGACCCAGUCAGCUGUCCUCACUCAAAUGCCUCAGACCCUCAGACGGUCUUCAGUGAUUCUGUGAUUCUCCGGGCAGCCGCUGCCGUCAUCACAGUGAGGGGAACGCCGCCACCACCGCCCCGCAGCCCCACCUUCAGACACAACCCCUUCAACGAGUACUCGGACACCAACACCUCGGCUGACAUUACACCCGUCCACACAGCCAGCUGCCACCACGACACCAGGGACGACAUGGAGAGCAUCAGCAACGAGCUAGAGGUUAUCAGGAUGGCCAGACGAAGGAAGCCAUCCAAGAAGCGCUGUAGUGUGAAAAGCUCCGCAGUGAGCAGUGACCAGAACAAUGUGGCCUUCGAGCAGGCGGAGGCAGACGAUAGAGCCCCGGCUGGAUGUGAGGGACCAGAAGGAGACACCUGGAGCCCCUCUGUGGGGUUGCCGCAGGGCUCAGGGGGGGCUGAGAUGGCGAGGAGGAGCAGCAGGAGGGAGACAGGGGAGGAGGAAGAGUCAGAGGGCCUCCUGCGGCUGCCGGAGAUGACCGACACCUCCAUGGACAGCGUUGGCCAGCCCCUACGCGACGUCAUGGACCGGCUCAACGGUGCUCUGGAUGGGGAGAAGACCUGGGGGCGACCAGCUGGAGAGGAAGAAGAAGAGGGGGCAAAAACCCAGCAGAAUUCUCUCCCCAGAAGGCCCUCCUCCACCAGCCUUGAAGCCAACCCGCAGCCCCCGGGGCAGCAGCCCUUUCGAGGGGAUUCGAUGGGUGAGCCGCCUGACCCGGAAGCCAGAGACCCCCCCCUGCUGCGCCCUGCUCUGGCCCCGAGUCCCAACUUCCUGCAGGCCCCCCCGGCUCCUGCAGACUUUUACUGCUUUACCCCCCACAGUCCAGAUGCUGCUGCCCUGCGUAGUGGCCACCAUGACACUGCAGGGCAUGGCCAGUCACAGGCUCUUCUUGGUGGCCAUGAAGUUGAGGCAGAGGCACCGCCAGGACAGGACCCCUCCCUAGAGGAGGAGGAAAAGGAUGAGGCAGUAAUGGUUGAGAAUGGAUUGGCUGCUGGAGAAACUGAAGAGGAGACGGAAGAGGACAGGCUCAGUCCAACGGAAAACUCUCAUCCUGCAGAAUUCAAGGUGGACAACAAUCACCUGCUGCUGCUCAUGAUCCACGUCUUCAGAGAGAAUGAGGAGCAGCUCUUCAAGAUGGUGAGGAUGAGCACUGGUCACAUGGAGGGGGACUUGCAGCCUCUCUACCUGCUGCUGACUGACUGUUACAUCUACCUGCUGAGGAAAGGUGCAGCGGAAAAGCCCUAUACAGUAGAGGAUGCCAUCUCUUACAAUGAGUUGGACUUUGUCUCUGUGGGCUUGGACCAGCAGACAUUCCUGCUGGUGUGCACCAACAGAAGACGGCAGUUCCUCCUGGACACGGCCGACUCCUCGCUUACUGUCUGUUUUUUGGCAGCCCUGACAUCGGCCAUGAUAAAGGGGUGCAGGGAGCCCCCCUACCCCUCUGUGCUGACCGACGCCACCAUGGAGAAACUGGCCCUCACCAAGUUUGUCUCCCAGGAGUCCCACUGUGAGGUAUCUCAAGUGAUCAUUCGCCUGUAUUCUUUGAUUCACUGGGAGGACCCCAUGGAUGUGACUCUGGCCACCCAGACAGCCCUGGUGGGUGCUGGGGACUCGUCCAGCACUAAAGAGGGCCCCCUACUCUACAGAGCAUGCACCACCUACCUGGGCAAGGAGCUGUGGAAGAGCUGUUACCUCGUACUGAGCAAAGGGGUUCUCUACCAGUAUACAGAGAAGACUGAUGGGACACCACUAAUGUCCAUCACUAUGGGGGGUGGGUACUGCGGAGGUUGCCGGCGCUCCAACAGCACAGAGCAGCCUCAUGCCUUCCAGGUGAUCCUGACAGAGCGGCCUCCUCUGGAGCUGAGCGCCGACAAUGAGGGAGACAUGGCCGACUGGAUGCUGGUGCUCUGCCAGUCUGUCUCCAAAGGGGUGAUCCCCCAGGGCGUGGCCCCCACACCGUGUAUUCCUUGUUGCCUGGUGGUGACAGACAGGAAGCUGCUGACAUGCCACCAGGACUGCCAGACUAGCUUCUUCCGCUCCCUGGGCGGAGCUGAUCUCUCUGAUGUCACUGCUGUCAGUCUGGAGGACGACAAAGAAUACUGUGUUGUUGAGUUUGCAGUGGACAGGGCUCAGUUCCUGCCUCCCUGGGUGUUGUACUUCAGCGGAUGUGAGGAGAGAGACCGCCUGCUGGAGGCGCUAGAGAGUGCCUGGAGAGACAUUUUCCAGGUGUGUCUGCCUCGUAGGAGGGUGUCAGAGCCGUCGGUGCAGAAGCAUUGUGGCGAGGCCUUGGCUCUGAUGAGGAGUGCCUGGCAGAGAAGUGACAGCCUGGCCCGGGGACGUGCCCAGAGAGAGCCCUGGUGCUGACAGACUGGUGGAUGGACAGAUAGGACAAAAGGCCUUCACUAACACUACUAUAUAUUCCUACUCUACACAUCAGGGUCGUAGUCAAUUGCAUUCAAAUGUUAUCAAUUCUGCAAGUGAAUAGAAAAUGUACCAUUAUUUUCUAUGUGGAUUUGUUCAAUUAUCAAAUUUAAUUUCAACUGGGUGACUGAGUUUGAAUGGAAUUCACACCAAACCUGUUUCAUAUAAUUAUGACAACAGCCAUAUAGAUAGAGGGAAACGCACUCUCCGUUGUGUCUACAUUAUGAAGAGUAUACGGUAAGUUAAGCAUAUGAGGAUGUGUUCUUCAUGGGAUGUUGCGAGACAGACAGCAGUUUGAAUCUCCGUUCACACUCCUGGCCUUCACAUAUAUGUAUGUAGGGCUGUGACAGUCAUGGCAUUUUGGAUGACGGUUAUUGGUCAGGCAAAUGACUGGUCACUGUUUUAAUCGUUUGAGUAGCAAAAUGUUUUUAUAUGAUUUUUUUUUAAACACUCAUUUUCUCCUCUCCUUCGCUCCUUACUGCACGUGCUGCUGCUGCAGAGAGGGGGUCAUUGCCUAGGCAACUAAAGACUGUUGCUAAAACAUCUUGCUUGUUUCAGCUAGGAGCAACAAAAAUUCAUCAUGUUGUAAAGAGUCCAUGUUACCUCUGAAAGGGACUCAACUGCACAAUGCCUGUGGUCCUGUCUUCAGUCAGCUCAUUCAAUGUAAAAAAAAAUAUAUACAUAUUUUUUACUGUUAUUUUAUUUUCAUGAUUGUCUUCAUUCAUAAUCGUCAGUUACACAAUUACACGGUAGUUGUGCUUGACAUUCCUCUUCUCGUUGAGUCGGCCGUCAGGGGAGGAGGGGCACUCGUUAUAGAAUAAGACGUUCACUCACAUAUACAGUUCUUUUGAACCUUAACCAACACACUACAUGUCUAGUGCGUAUGUAAAACCCGGUAUAGUAUUGAAUUAUAGUAUUGUAUUUUUAUCAAUCCUUACGGAAAUGUACAUUGCCCAUCUCUCCAUGAAUCCAGACCUACAUUGAUUUAGUCUUGUAUAGGUUUGUCUGUUGUCAAAUACCUCAAACAAAACCCUUCUCUCCCAUGCAAAGGUUGUGAUAGUUAUUCUUCAGUCACUUGAAGUGGCAUACACUAUUAGUUACAGCACUCAUCUCUUGCCUUGGUCGGCCAUCUUAGUUUACCAUUGGGUUUUCCACCUUUUAGUUAGGUCGGGUUGGAUGGUCAAAGUUAAUAUUAAAGUAUCAGAGCGGAGAAUGGUCUCAACCUAGCAUGGAUACACUUUUAACAAGAAGGAUGAGAGGAGAGAGUAACUUGCUGUUGAAUGCAAGAUUGCACAUUGCUUUUGGGUUUCGGCCGUGUUGAUUUCAUUUGAGGGUAUUGAUAAGUUCAUUGGGGUUCUGUGCCCAAAUGGGAGCAAAUAGUUGUUUAUUUGUAACACGACUUGUUAUGUGAGUCUAAUUGUAUGCAAUUUAUAAAGGGGAUAUAUUUGCUUUUAUUUUGCGUGGUUUGUUCUAGUAAUUUGGCACACACCUCUAUCCUUUGAGGGGAGUGUCUGUCAUUGCAUUGUAUGUUUUGCAAGUGGCCUGGUCAAGAUAUGGGAUAUGUCAAUGUUCUACAACAGGUGGAGGCAUCAGUGCAUCCCUACUUUAUUGCACAACCUGUAGUUUUAUUGCUCUGGAGACUGUUGCGCAAUGACAGACCAUUGCUUUUAGUCCAGUAGUUAUAGUACAACCAGUCCAUAUGCAUUAGUAAAUAAAUAAAAAGCAGUUUGACUAGAGAUGACACUACUUUAUUCAUAUGAUUUGUCAUCGCAUUAAUCCAAUUUACCCCUUACAAUGUAUCCCCCACAUAAUUAAAUGCAAAUCCUCACAUUAAUUUGUUUGACAAUGUAGCUAAUUAUUUAUGUAGACAUGUUAUGUGAAAGUAAGAUUUUUGUGUUGCUGUUGACAAGAGGGGAAUUUAUCCAAUGCCAUGGCUAUCCUGAAAUUACUCAAGGGCAGAGUGAUGCUAAGACUUUAAAAUGUAUGCCAAACAAAAAAACAGUGAUUGCAAAGUUAAACAAACCAUGCAACUCUGCACAAGGACUACUUUGAACUAUUUCCACAGAACAUUUGACAAAAACACAUCUACUUGAACAGUAAAUGUGUUUGUCAAAUUUUCAAUUAACAUUUUUAAAAGUCGUGGUGGUUUGUUUAAUUUUGCAAUCAGUUUUUUGUUCACCAUAGAUUUUUUAAAGUGAAAAAUCUUGAGUCUCAGGAUCACUCUGUUACUGUGGAAUUUACUUCAAUCGUCAGGAGAAGGUUUCUGGAGGCUUUCAGUUUAAUUGCCUGUUGCUCCUAAUAAUCGCGUCCUUUUUCAUUACCUUCAUUUGAUUGGCGAUAAUGGCCUCAGGCCCUGUUUUGACCAAAUAAAGUACUACUCUUGAAUGUGGCCUUGUACUGCUGCUGGCUUCUAAUCGAUCAUGAUUAAAAAUCAGUGAAAUUAAUUUGCUGGGUUGUGAAUACACAAUGUGUGUGUUCCCUGUCCUCCAAUUGCAUUAUAGUAAUAGGCGUAAUUACUAAACAUUCUCUGCUUUGAGCAUUUUAAGUGCCACGUGGUCUUGCUUCUAUUCUACUGUUUCUGUAGGCGUGGGAAGCCGACAUCCCAGAAUUUAGCUUCUCAGGUUAGAAAUGUUACAAAUAAUUGAAAUGUAGUACCCUAGAUCCCAUGCAGAAAAGACCCAACACCUCAAGCCAGAGAAACCAUGUCCUACAUUUUAGUUUCAACUGACUUCCGCUAUUUUAUAUCCCCUUUCUUUUGUUGGUACUUAUCCCUUAGUUUUCUAAGCAGUGGAGUUAGAGAGCUCACUGGAAGUAAGAAUGUUAAAUUAUGUUCUAGAGAAAUGUACAAUUGCGAUACUUAAGUAUUUGAAAGUUUUGUCUAUUUGAUUGAGGAAAGGAAAUAUGAAGCAUCUUGACUUCAUACCCAGAGUAGCCAAGUUUGUCUUUAUGAACAGUAAUUUAAAUGUUGGACAUUGCUGGCCAAUGGUGGAUUACUUCUUUUGAUUGACUACUUGUGAAAAUAAAAUUGUUUUUACGUUUGUUUUUAUAUCUAUAUAUAUAUAUUAUUUGUAUUGUGUUUAGCUGUCUUUUUUUAAUUUGAAAUGUAUGAAACUAAUGGGAUUGCUCUAUUGUAUGAUAACCUGUGAUCAUCACAUUAAACCCUGCAUGUAUUUAGUGUUUUUAUAUUGCUAAUAACGAAUGUACAAAAAACUUUGUGAAUAGAACAACAUGAAUAAAGAAAUUCAAACCAUA